AUGGAUCCACUUUCAUACAGCUUUAAGCGUGACGAGGAUUACACUGUUGUUCAGUCGCCUAGACCAGUAGAGUUCAAUGCACCGGCCAUCCGACCGUACCAACUGAAAGCCCCACUGCUUCGAGAGUGUCUCGCCGAAUUCUUCGGAACCUUCAUCCUAGUGCUUUUUGGAGACGGGUCCAUCGCCCAAGUCACACUAAGUGAAAACACCAAGGGAGACUACACUACAUUGUGCUUCGGAUGGGGAGUCGGCAUCCUCUUUGGCAUCCACGUCUCGGGAGGUGUCUCUGGAGCACACAUUAACCCCGCCAUCACCACCACGCUCGCACUCUUCCGCCGUUUCGAGUGGCGCAAGGUUAUCCCGUAUAUCGUGGCGCAGACGAUAGGGGCCUUCGUAGCCUCUUUCUUCGUUUACGCUAUCUACAAGCCGCAUUUUGACAUCCUCGACCCCAACAAGACUACCAUGCAAGGCGUCUUUGCCACAUACCCCUAUAGCAGUGACGUUUCCGUGAGCUCAUGCUUCUUGACCGAAGUGAUGGGCACGGCACUGCUAUUAUGCGGUCUCUUCGCCAUAGGUGAUGAGCUCAACAAGCCCGCCAACCCGUACUCGCAACCUGCUGCGGUGGCGCUGUUGGUUGUGGGUAUUGGCAUGGCUUUUGGCAUGAACACGGGUUUUGCUCUGAAUCCUGCUCGAGACUUUGGACCUCGUUUGUUCACGCUGUGUGCUGGCUGGGGCUCGCAGGUGUUCACACUGAGGGACGGGUAUUUCUGGGUCCCGAUUGUGGCUCCAGUGCUUGGCGGUGCAAUCGGCGCGGGUGUAUACGUCGGCCUUGUGGAACACCAUCACCCUCGCCAGUACAGCCCAAAACUUCCUCGGGUUGGUAGCAUCGGAUUAACUAGUCAGUGUUCGAAUAAGGUGUAA